AGCUUCGGCGGCCUCGCCGUCCAAUGGGAGAGCGCGGCGCUGCAGUUUGAACGCCGGGACGCGGUGCUAACGGCUGGGCCGUGCGCGGGGCUGUCCUCGUCACCCAGCGGGCAGGCGGCGGCGGCGGCGGCUGGCGCAGGGCUCGGGUAGAAGAUGGCUGAACGCUUGAAAAAGCCCUUCAAGGACAGCCUGAGUGACAUAAAAGAACGAAUGAAAGAGAAGAGAAAUCAGAAAUGGAUACGGUUGGGUAAAAAUAGCCAGAUCACGACUAUAAAGUGCAAAAGACCAACCAACAGCUCUGUGCAAAUGAAGAGCAUCCAAGCAAACAACAAAGCUCUGGCUCAGGCUUUGCAAGAGGAAAAGAUCAAACUGAGGGAUGCCCAAACUACCAUUCUUCAUUUAAGUAAAGAAUAUCAAGAUCUGAAGUUUCAGAUGUUUGCCUUGCAAAGAAAUCUUUACUUCAAGCAAGCACAAGGACUUGUUGAGACUAAACUGUCAGCCUUGAGCGAGAUCAUCACAAAAGUUUCUAAGAACUUACUGGAGUCAAUUGAUCUCCUUGGUCCAGCAAAGGACUUGUGUUCCAUAGGUGUAAAUCAGAGAGUGCUUUCUUCAGUGCUUGAAAAUAAUUCCAGUGUCAUAAGAAAAAUAAGUUCUGUAGAGCUUCCACAGUGUGCUGAUGGAGAUGAUCAAGUACUUCCAAGUAGAAUGAUGGCUGAUAGUGAAACAACUGAGCUGGCUCAUUCUGUGACAGAUACUUGUCAGUUACCUGGCAAUGCCAUUUCUUCAAUAGACAAAGGGCAAACAUCUGAUUUUCAUGUGGACAACAUAGUGUCAGAGCUGGAAAGUGAUUCUUCAGAUGGAGAUGGAUUUAGUACUGUGUUAACAAAAAAUGUGUCCACCAGGCGUCACUGUUCAAAGAUGAGAAAUCAAGAUGAACUUUGCAUGGGUGUCUUGGACUAUUUGGAAGCUCCUGAUUCAACAAGAAUGCUUCGUAAACAGGAUGAAAUUGGACUUGAAAGUCUAUAUGCAUGUACUGUAGAAAACAUAAAUUCAGAUAUUUCUCAUGUAAACGAGGUAGGUUCAGAGCUGGUGUUGAGGCAGUUGGAUUCUGAAACUGCAAAACUCAAUUCAGACAACAAUGCUGAUCUUAAGCAACAUAAAUAUAAAAGAAAAGGCUCUCAACUAAUAAGAGAGAAGCAUCACAAGGUAAAAAUGGGAGAGACUAAAAAUACUUCCAGACCAAGACAAAAGAAAAGACAGGGUAAAGAGAAUUCCAAAGAAAAAGUGGAUUUCUUGGGUGGCUCCAGUGAUGCUUAUGACUUCAAUUUUGAAGAGAGUGUCCAUGUUACACCUUUUCGACAAAAUAAGGUCAACGACACAGAUACUGUUGUGGAUGACAAAGAAAAUUCCUCUGAAAUUAAUACUAUCGAGUCAAGUGAUAUUGAAGAAGAUUCAGAUGAUAGCCUUUAUGUACCUUAUAAGGGGAAAUCCAAAAAAAGGAAAAGCUCAGUGGACAAGACAGAUACAUCACCAGUCCAUGUAAGGCCAAGGUCUAAAAGAUGUUUGGUACAGCGUGAACAGAAACUCUACAAUGAAAAAGAGACUGAAAGCAAUAAAUCAAGUGACAAGUCUGUUAAGCAAUCUUCUAAGCCAUCUCGUGGUCAUCUCUGUGAUGUUACUAAUACUGCUUCAUCACUCCCUAGCACUGGGAGUGCACCUAUUGUCCCUGAAGGUGAAAGAUCACCAUCUCCAAAACGCAAGCGUAUCUGUACUCUUAUUAGGAGCUAUAAAGAACCAAGUAUUUCAGGGAAACUUAGAAGAGGAGAUCCAUUUACAGAUGUGUAUUUUCUGAAUUCUCCAAUUUUCAAGCAGAAAAAAGAUUCUAAAAAGAGUUCAGUUAGGAAGAGAUCUCUAUCAAAAUACAAUGAGAAAUUUGUUGGUUGUUGAGAUUUCUUGUCAUGUUCACAAAACUAUGAAGAAAACUAUGAAGAAAGGCACACUUUCAUCCAAGAAACUAUUAUACCAUGCAAUUAUGUCUAGUUGUCUAUUAGUAAGAAUAUAAAAUGAAACUUUUUCCUUUUAAUCCAAUUUUGUUUUUGGUGAUAUAGGAGAUUACCUUUUAUAAUCGAGGUGAUUCCAUUUAAACUCUUUGGGGAGGAAACAUUCCUACAUCCUAAAUUUGUGAUCAUCAGAAAUAUGAUGGAAAAGAUGGUGAAUGAAAUUUUAUGACUUCUAUCUUGCUUCAUCUGACUGGCUGGCACAGGUGAACUUCAGGCACUAAAGAUCUAAUUUUUUUAAUAACUGCAUUUGUACAGAUCUUAUUUAUGUAAUGGUUGUAGUUUCAUACCGAAGCUCAUAAUAAAUGUGUUUCUGUUGGAAAGUC